GGUUCACGCGUUCGGUUCACGCGAUCCGUUCAAGCUCCAAUGAUCAUAAAGUUCAUUUUAAUCGUUAUACAACACUAACAAUUAAAGAGCGUGUUUGUUGAUUAAACGUAUACAGUUAGUUUAUCUGAUAACAUAUAUCUAGUAUUUGGAAUGGAGUCGAAUUCAUUGCAAUCAGAGGAGGAAUCUAUCCUGCCCCAAAGCUUUAGCAUGUUGGAUUUAAGUAACACAAAUCAAGACACUUCUCGCGAUGUAGAGACAACACGUGAGGUUCUUGCUGAUGUAACCCCCCGACAAAGUCGACGCAAGCAAACACUUCCCACGCGACGUGGUGCAAAUUUAAAUAGGGAGAUUCGCCGCUUGCAAAGGACAACAUCAUUUAUGAUACCUCGUAUGUGCUUUGCCCGUCUCGUGCGGGAAAUUUUAUUCGAAGAAACCAAUACGGACUGGCGCAUGAGCACAGCUGCUUUGGAAGCACUGCAAACCGCAACAGAAAUGUACAUAACACAACGCAUGGAAGAUGCCUUUUUGUUGACCCUGCAUCGGGGACGUGUAACACUCGAUCUGCGCGACCUAAGGCUGGUUAACUUUAUGCUGAACAGGCAUGGCGAAUUGUAAGCUUCAGUCAGGUAGUUCGACUAAUUGUAAUCACCCCAAUCACUAGAUAUUGAUAAAUUUUCAAAAUACAUUUUCAGGUUUCAGAACAUAAAAAUGAAAGCUGAAUUCGACAAUAUGGUUAACCCAAAGUUGAUGUCCACGCCACCUUACAAUCAAUAUGGAUGGAAACUGGUCCAACUAAGUAUUAGGUGGAGUAAUUAGAGUACAA